UUCAUCCCCACUGCUGCUUUCUCCGCAACAAAAAUGAUUUCUUUUUGAGUGCAGGUGCCAUGAAAAGUCGGGAGGGAGAACGCACUUAUCAUCACCAUCAUCAUCCUUUAUCCCUAAUUGAUGCUUUCUUCACAAAUUAAAUCCCCUACUUGUGAUAUAUUUUCGAUUUCAGUUUCUAGUCUUCUCCGCCUGCUGUUCUGACCGAGGCCGCAUUUAAUCCCCAAGUUAAUUUAAUUAUUAUGCGUUUUAUCGAGAGCUGUUCUUCUCUGAACUCGGAGUGGGCGUUUCAGAAAAAGGGUCACGGUUGAACUUCAGUUCAGUUCAGUUCAGUUCAAUUGGAAGGAUAAUCAAAUUCAAUUUAGGGUUUGAUUAUGGAUCUCGAAAUUGGGGAUUUCCCCAAUUCUGUCAAUAAGAAGGAAUCAUGGCGGACGAUUCUGAGCUUAGCGUACCAAAGCCUGGGCGUAGUUUACGGCGAUUUGAGCAUCUCCCCAUUGUAUGUUUACAAGAGCACUUUCGCUGAGGACAUUCAGCAUUCAGACACGAACGAGGAGAUUUUCGGAGUUCUGUCGUUUGUCUUCUGGACGCUCACUUUGGUCCCUCUCUUGAAAUACGUCUUCAUCGUCCUCAGAGCCGACGACAAUGGCGAAGGAGGCACAUUCGCAUUGUAUUCCCUUCUGUGCAGACACGCCAAGGUCAAUCCCCUCCCGAGUUUCCACUUAGCCGACGAGGAUUUGUCUUCUUACAAGAAGGAUAUCAAAAGCCCCCCUUCCUCCUCCUUCGGAGCUCGCCUUAAAUCCAGCCUCGAAAAAUAUAGGGUUUUGCAGAGAUUCUUACUCCUCCUCGCUCUCCUCGGCGCUUGUAUGGUCAUCGGGGAUGGGAUUCUCACUCCUGCCAUUUCAGUGUUCUCUGCUGUGUCUGGUGUCGAACUUGCUAUGGCGAAAGAGCACCACAAAUAUGUCGAGGUUCCGGUGGCCUGCGCCGUGCUGAUCGCGCUGUUCGCCCUUCAGCACUACGGCACGCACCGCGUCGGGUUCUUGUUCGCGCCGGUGGUCGUGGCGUGGCUGCUCUGCAUCAGCGCCAUCGGCAUCUACAACAUUUUCUACUGGAAUCCGCACAUAUACAAAGCUCUAUCUCCCCACCAUAUGUAUCGCUUCCUGCGUAAAACGCAGCGCAGCGGUUGGAUGUCGUUGGGCGGGAUCCUGCUCUGUAUUACCGGCUCGGAGGCCAUGUUUGCUGAUCUCGGACACUUCUCGCAGCUAUCGAUCAAGAUUGCUUUUACAUCGAUGGUGUAUCCGUCGUUGAUCCUCGCGUACAUGGGCCAAGCUGCGUAUCUAUCAAAGCACCACGCGAUCCAGAACGAUUAUCGGAUCGGAUUCUACGUUUCGGUUCCGGAGAAGCUGCGGUGGCCGGUGCUUGUGAUCGCAAUCAUGGCAGCCGUCGUCGGGAGCCAGGCGAUCAUCACGGGGACGUUCUCAAUCAUAAAGCAGUGCUCGGCGCUCGGGUGCUUCCCUAGGGUUAAAAUAGUCCACACGUCGUCGAAGUUCCACGGCCAGAUUUACAUCCCGGAGAUCAACUGGACUCUGAUGCUGCUGUGUUUGGCCGUCACGGUCGGUUUCCGCGACACAAAACGGAUGGGUAACGCUUCCGGAUUAGCGGUGAUUACCGUAAUGCUGGUGACGACUUGCCUGAUGUCGCUCGUGAUCGUCUUGUGCUGGCACCAGAGCGUGCUCCUCGCAGUCGCGUUCGUCCUGUUCUUCGGGACGAUCGAAGCGUUGUACUUCUCGGCGUCGCUGAUCAAGUUCCUCGAGGGGGCAUGGGUUCCGAUCGCCUUAUCGUUCAUCUUCAUGAUCGUAAUGUGCGUUUGGCAUUACGGGAUGCUGAAAAAGUACGAGUUCGAUGUCCAGAAUAAAGUCUCGGUCGACUGGCUCCUCGGCCUUGGCCCGAGUUUAGGAAUCGUGCGCGUCCGCGGAAUCGGGUUAAUCCACACGGAGCUCGUUUCCGGAAUUCCGGCUAUCUUUUCGCACUUCGUAACGAACCUCCCCGCGUUCCACCAAGUUCUCAUCUUCCUCUGCGUCAAGUCUGUCCCGAUCCCGCAUGUUCGACAUGAGGAGCGUUUUCUCGUCGGCCAUAUCGGGCCGAGAGAAUACUGUAUGUACCGAUGCAUUGUUCGGUACGGCUACCGCGAUGCGCACAAGGACGACUUGCAGUUCGAAAAUGACCUCGUCUGCAGCAUAGCCGAGUAUAUCCGAACGGGGAAGAGCGGGAUAAAUGACAUUGACAAAUGGUCGACCCAGCAAAGCGAGGAAAUGGUCGUCGUUGGGACGCCUUCGACUUAUGUGGACGGCGUACAGCUGCACGAGGACAACGACGAUAACGACGGGAGAGUCGUCGAGGCUCGUCCCGAAAUGCCCGGGACGUCGCGGGUUCGGGAGAUCGUGUCCCCGCCACCGCCGCCCAUGAGGAAAAGGGUCCGGUUCGUCAUCCCGGAGAGCCCCGAGAUCGGAGACGGCGCGCGCGACGAGCUGAAGGAGCUUAUGGAGGCCCGGGAGGGCGGGAUCGCGUACAUUAUGGGACAUUCGUACGUUCGAUCGAAACAAGGAUCGGGUCUAUUGAAACGAAUCGUAAUCGACUGCGGCUACGAUUUCUUGCGACGGAACUGCCGGGCGGCGACAUACGCCCUGACGUCGCCGCAUGCGUCGACGUUGGAGGUGGGCAUGGUGUACCAUGUUUGAGGUUUCGGAUCGUCCGAGGUUGUCGACGUUGUGUCCCAAGGCUUUUUUGUAUAUGUGUUUACGACCCCUUUUUUUGGUAAGUUUCUAAUUCUAUACUUUAGUUAGAUUGGUCUCUUUUUAGUUUUAUAAAGUUGGUUUUAGGAUGGAAAGAGGCUUUCCCACUGUUAUUGGGCUUUUAAUUAAAUAUAGUUGUUUGGGCCCAAUUUUAAAAUUGGGCUUUUGGGCCGCGGUAGGUUAAUGUGUUUAAAGGCCAAAUGUGGCCCAUUAAUAAUUAAAUUGAAUACCGUAAUACAAAUAUCUUCAGUAUAAAACAA